CAGGAUUUACGACUGGACAACAAAAGCACGUGAUGUGAAGCCGUACCCCAUAUUUGGGUGCCUACGUAGGAGGGAACCAAGUACAUGUCCCAGUCAUUUCCAUAAUUCAUCAUAAAUUGUGCAAGGGUGCUAUAGACGCACAAAACGACCAAGAGCCACAAAUCAAGCACACAUAUCAAAAAACAAAUGAGCUCUUAUUUUGUAAACUCAUUUUGCGGUCGCUAUCCAAAUGGCCCGGACUACCAGUUACAUAAUUAUGGAGAUCACAGCUCGGUGAGCGAGCAAUACAGGGACUCCGCCAGCAUGCACUCCGGCAGGUACGGAUACGGCUACAAUGGCAUGGACCUCAGCGUCGGGCGCUCUGCUUCCACCCACUUUGGUGCCAAUGAGAGACCCCGCAGUUACCCGGCCAACACCACCUCUGCCUCGACAGAGCCCAGGUACAACCAGCCCGCGACGUCUUCCCACUCGCCUCCCCCUGACCCUCUGCCCUGCACCGCCGUGGCCGGUUCGCCUGUCAGCGAGAGUCACCACGGGGUGAAAAACUCCCUCGCCAACUCCACCAGCACUUCGUCCAAUUCCAGCAGCAACACGCACAUCAGCAGAGACGGGGUUGGCACCUCGUCUGGGACUGAGGAAGACACUCCAGCAAGCAGCGAGCAGGCAAGUGCCCCGACCGACCAAAGCACAGCCCAGCCUUCACAGCCCCAGAUCUACCCCUGGAUGCGAAAACUGCACAUAAGUCAUGACAACAUAGGGGGACCAGAAGGGAAAAGGGCUCGGACUGCUUACACCCGCUAUCAGACCUUGGAGCUCGAAAAGGAAUUUCACUUCAAUAGAUACCUGACCCGCAGAAGAAGGAUUGAAAUAGCACAUGCUCUUUGCCUCUCAGAGAGACAAAUAAAGAUCUGGUUCCAAAACAGGAGAAUGAAAUGGAAAAAGGAUAAUAAGCUGAAAAGUAUGAGCAUGGCAGCUGCAGGAGGGGCAUUCCGUCCCUAAGCGCUUGAUCAAUUAAAAGUACUGAGCAGUAUUAGCUGACCCUGCGUCGUCUCAUGUCAGUACUAAGUUGACUUUCUAAAACUUCCUUGUGUUACUUCUGUGAAGAAACCCUGUUCUUGUCGCCCUUAUUCAUCUUUUAAUCAUGAGCCUGUUUAUUACCAUUCUCUCGCGUGUAUAAGUAGAUCUGCUUUUAUCGUACAUUUCUUUGUCUUGAAUGGCUUUGUCUUGAAAAAAAUAAUAGAUGUUUUAACUUAUUUAUAUGAAGCGAGCUGUGUUACUUGAAGUAACUGUUAAAA